CUUCGUUUACCUACGGUCAUUUUGAAGUUUAGAAAUGUAUUUAGAGUGGAUUGCAUUGUUUAUAAGCGAAAAACAUUAAAAUUUUCGCUAAGUGUUGUGUUUAGUUAUGUGUAAAGAAUUAUGUGUAAUCUCUUACAUUUUGUGUUUCAUGACUUAUAUUUAUUGAAUUAGUGCUACGCAAGAUGGACGAAUUGUCUAGGGGCAUGUCACAAACAGGAAGCACUACUGUAACUGACAAAACUCAAGAAAAUGAUGGUUCAUCUACGGCGGUGGUGUACGUGAGCGAGCUAUGUCUGGAGUGUGAGCGAGUGCGUGCAGCUUGCGAACGACUUGGUACCGUUUUAGCGGUGCCCGGGCCCGAGGGGCUACCUCUAUCCCAGCCUCCACCCACACCCCCAGCCUAUCUUGUAACCACACCAUUCGAUGGGGACCUUUUCGAUGCUGCGCAUAAGGCAAAGUACAGGGUGCUGGGUCCAACAGCAGUCCUUCAGCUCGCGGAGCGAGAGGAACCUCCGCCGGCCAACACACGUCCUCUAUAUUCACUGGCCAUGCGCGGAGCCGUCAUUUGUUUCUCAGGUUUUCGCAAAAAGGAUGAACUUACGUACCUGAUCACACUCAUACACUAUAUGGGGGGUUCUAUCCGCAAGGACAUGUCGAGCAAAGUGACGCAUCUGAUUGCGGCUGCGGCGACGGGUGACAAGUAUCGAUACGCGUCGGGCUUCGGGCUGCCGGUGCUGUCGCGGUCCUGGGUGGACGCCUGUUGGGAGCGACGCGAUGACCCCGCGUGCUUUGCCACAGAUGAUAGUAUGAUUAAAGAGCACAAAUUAAGAGUCUUCGCGGGCGCUCGCGUGUGCUUCGUGGGGUUUCCUGAAGAUGAGACGCAACACAUGGCCGAAGUCCUCGCCAACAAUGGCGGCGCCUCUUGCCCUCUUGAUGAUCCUGAUUGCACUCACGUUGUUGUGGAUGAACAUAACACCGUCGUGGUUCCCGAUUGUUCUAUGCGCAUUCACGUAGUGAAAGCUGAAUGGUUCUGGGCGUCAGUUCAAAACGAAGAAGCACAAGACGAGAGAGAUUAUCUGUUUAAAGACUACUUGGAGGAGGUGUCGCGGCGAUCGUCAGUGGGCGGCGCGGGCGCGGGCGCGGGUGCGGGCGGCGCGGGGGAGGAGGGCGCGGCGGGCGGCGCGGGCGAGCGCGGCGCGGCGGCGGGCGGCACGCCGGCGCAGCUGCAGCGCAUGCGCAAGCGCAAGCUGCGCGGCGGCGACGCGGCGCUGCACAAGCGGCGCUCGUCCGUCGGCGACGCGGUGCUGCUCAGCCUCUCGGGCAACCUGCUCGACUGCACUCCGUCGCCCGAUGGGAAACAGCUUCUUGAAGAGUCAGAAGUACCGGAUAAUGUGGUUCGAAAGUUGAUGUCGCCACGCCAGCAAGUAUUUAUGGAACUAUUACAGACUGAGUCCAAUUAUGUUGGAAUACUUCAAACGAUAGUCACAAUGUUCAAGCAACCUCUUGAAGAGAUGGCUGAAGAAGAUAGCAACAAUGGCAAAAACCAAGCUCUUCUAAAUAAUACUGAACUAAAGAUUAUUUUUGGAAACCUACCGCCUAUUUAUGAAUUACAUCAACGUAUGUUGGAAGAGCUUCGUUGGUCGCAAACGCACUGGAGUGAGGAAGUGAGCAUUGGGAGACUAGUCCUCAAAUACACUCCAGACAUGGUGAAAGCCUACCCGCCCUUUGUCAACUUUUUCGAAAAUACCAAGGAAAUGCUUCAGCAAUGUGACCGUGAGAAUCCUAGAUUUCAUGCAUUCCUGAAAAUUUGCCAAACAAAGCCAGAAUGUGGUCGGCAAAGCUUGCAGGAACUUUUAAUUCGACCUGUUCAGCGACUACCUAGUAUUAGUUUAUUGCUGGAUGACAUACUGAAGCACACGCACAAGAGCAACCCGGACCACGGCGCGCUGGUGUCGGCGCUGGCCGGCCUGCGCGAGGUCAUGUCGCACAUCAACGAGGACAAGCGCAAGACUGAGGGCCAGCUGCAGAUGUUCGACAUUUACAACGACAUCGAUCAGUGUCCGGCUCAUCUAGUUUCGUCACAUCGAUCCUUCGUGUCUCGAUGCGAAGUCGUCGAACUAUCCAAAGAACUCUCGGGUAGAGGGGACCACCUUGUACUGUUCCUUUUUACGGACACCAUGGAAGUUUGCAAGAAAAGAUCUAAGGCUUUCAAUAGUAAAAGUCCAACAAAUGGCACGGGGACUAUGAGGAUAGGUUCUAGCAAACCGUACCGCCACAUAUCGCUCAUGCCACUUAGUACGGUCAAGCGGGUCGUCGAUAUAAGGGAGGCUGAAGAUUGUCACAACGUAUUUGCGUUGAUGUGUCGAAGCAAUCAAGAAUUAAAGGAGAAGCUAUACUCGUUCAUGAUAACAGACGAGUCUGUGGAUAAAGGACACUUUCUUCGACAGCUUUGCCGGCAAAUGGCUAAUACUGUGUGUAAAGCUGAUGCUGACAAGUUUCUAGCGUGCCUCGAGUCUCACCAGCUAGACAUCGAUACUAGCGACCUUGCACUAAGUACACUCUCCAAAGUCUCCAAGUUCGCUGCUCGCACUAGAAUAAAGGUGGAGCGCGCGUUGUCGUUCAACAAGACCCCGUCGAAGUUGAAGCGCGCGAUGUCGUCGAUAAUAUCCCCGUUCGGCUCCACCUCGAGCCUGACGCCCGCGUCACAGCAGCUGGCUCAGAUGAGGCUUGCAAGUUGCAAUAAUAUUAAUGAGAUGGGAGGCAGCGGCGGCGGCGGCGAGGGCGGCGAGGUGCUGGUGGCGCCGCUGUCGGUGCAGCCCACGCGCAAGGCGACGGCGGGCGCCGCGGCCGCGCUGCGCCGCUUCUGACGCGCGCGCACCCGCCCCCGCCCCUCGCGGGACCACUAGACCACGCGCACACUGCCGGCCACUCGGCUCGCGGGACGUUCUACUUACAACCGAUUUGUGCUCGGAUAUCAUAUACGUUGCGGUCUUUAACUAUGUGCUACGUAUAUCUCACUGUGUGUAAUACGUGUAGUGCCGCUGGACAAAAUUGAAUUCCUUCGGAGUAACUGCGUAACAUCAUGAAACGAGUGUUGCCCCGUUCUCGCCCCCAGUGGACAAAUGAAUGGUUGUGCAAAUUGCAAGCCACGUGGAUUCAACUCAUUAAGGCCCUUAGGCACAUAAAACCGAAAAAGAAGAAGAAAUUCGAUUAUUGUGGCGGGAUCACGGGAGGCCGAGAGGCUAGGCGUUGCUACGGUUUGGCAAAAAAACGGGUUCGAAUCUCGCCUCGUGAUCAAUUUUUUUCUAUUCUUUUAAAAUUUCUCAUUAAGGCCCUAUCGCUCUUAUGACGCAUCAAGUGUACCUGCUUUCAAUGUUAGCGUCUGCUUCAUUCGGUAUAUAAUUCGAUGACGCAAGUAGAAAUGUUCACCAACGUAUUUAACAGAUGCCUUCUGAGAGCGAUAUUUGUACCAGCAAUAGUUGAUACAUAUGCUUGACACUAUGUUGGAAAAAGUGUUAAAAAUGUGAUUAACGCUCGCACUUUUGUGCCCGACCCCAUCGUCGCGAGCGGUUCAAUGCGAUUGCUAUGUCGGUUUAAUAGACAAGCAAUUAUUGUAAAAAACGUCAAGUUAUGUAUUUAAAAAUCGUAUCCCAGUUCAUAUUGUAUAGGGGACAAAAAAUAAUAUUAAAAGUGCAAAACAUUAAAGCAGUCGCUUCGAAAAUGUAAAAUAACUUAACUGACUUAGAAAUGGUGCGUUAAUUUACAUUUUAAAAUUGUACUGUUAAUAAUUUUAUGUUUUAAUUUGGCAGACAACCUUUAGUGAGACUGUUAAGAGUCGGAAUGAUUUUCUUGGUUAAUUCAUUUAUGAUAUUAAGUAAAAUAAAUACUGAAUCGCACAUUUGAAUAGACUUCAUUUUUCUUAUUAUUUUUUAUGAAAAUCUGAUUUCGUAAUAUUUAAAUUAUUACAAGAUAGAAGUAACUUGUACAGCAGAAUUUUAAUACUUCUGUGUGUGUCUGAGUUUAAUUGCGACAGUCAUUGAAAAUCUGGCAUUGUUCCGACUCUAAUUACAUAUCACACGUAUGUACAAUUUUUACGGAAUAAAAACACACGCCCCUGUGGUACUUAUGUAAGGGAAAUCAAUUUUAAAACGUAUUCAUGGGUACCUGAUGUUCAACUCUGUUUUGUUACAACUUCCUAGUGGGUUCGUGGUUCCUGAAUUUUCAAUUUAUUGACGGGGAAUCUGUAUCUACCUGAAAAUUUUACGUGGAGGUUAUAGAUGUAAAUAAUUUCGUGGAUUAUGCUAAGACCUAUUAGAUUAUAUUAUGUCUGACAACACAUGAUUCAGAGAACGUAAAGUUUAUUGGUUGACACUAAUUCCACGUCGAUACUUUUAGGACACUUAGCAAUUAUGUUACUUAUUUAGGUGCAAAGUUCGGCGAGGCCGUGUCGGGUAAGAAGUGCCUUCGAUAAAACAGUUUUCGAAAUUGUUUCGGGUUCAGUGAAUCUUUUUGAUAGUAUUAUAACAUUAUAAGGACUUGUAAUAAGAUUGCAUUACGUAGAUUUCCAGUGAUUUUAAAUCAAAAAAUGAUUGAGUUUUAAUUGAUGUCUAUGGUGCAGGACAAAAAUGUUAAAUUAGAUAUUUAAUCAAUAUCUACGAUCACAUUAAUAUAUUUUAUGCAAAAUUUGUCAUUACUGUCUAAUUGUGUGCAAUGUUGUGAUUAAUGUAAUAUCGAUUAGACAUUCGGAGGAGUUUCGUGUCAAAUCAAAAUAUUGAUAUUAUCCAUAUAGUGUUGAAUAUAAUUUGUACAUAUUGUGAUAUUUUAAUUUAAUCGUGUAAUAGGCAUGUAGGUUAGAGUAGUAAUUGUAUUCGGUGGACUACCUUUUCCGUCUGAAAUUGAUUCAGAGCGCUCCUAACAUUGGUUUGUUGCUAACGGAGACGGCGGAAAAUAAUUACGCUUACCGUAGAGACCGGAUACAAUACGUUGGCUUCUAUAACGCCAAUCAUUCAAUGUAUAUAGCGUGUCUGUCCAAUAUUAUUAUUUAAUAAAAUCUUGCGAAUUCGCCCUCGAAUAUUUUUACAUCAUUAGUUGGUGUAGGCUCAAAGGCAACUCGUGCGUCUACUGUCGCAAAUGUACGCAUAUAACUGCAUUGUACAAAGAUCUAUAUUUAUAAAUAUGUUUAAUGAUUGAAAAAAUAAAGGUUUAUUUUGAA